AUGGCCAUGCCUGCUCUCAAGGAGCUCAUAAUUCUUAGCUGCAAGCUAACUUGUCUUCCACCAGGGCUCUGCAGCAGCAAGAGGCUUGGUCCGAGAGAACUAGGCCUGUACAGUCUGAGCGACCUGACAUACGUGGAGAACUUCCCUUCAGUUGUGGAACUUGAGCUAUUUAACUUCCCUAAGCUUACGAGGAUCAGCGGCCUCUCCAAGUUGCAGAAGUUCAGGAUAGCCCUUUGCCCAAUUUUGGAGGUCGUGGAAGGAGUCCCAUUACUUGACAGCAUGGUGAUGCAGGACCACACCAUGGAGACACUUCCGGAAUAUCUGACAACAGUGACCCCAAGGUAUCUCAAGUUGACUUGCAGCAAGAAGUUGUACGAGUCCUUGUUAACAGGCAGCUCUUCCAAGUACGACAAGAUCAGCCAUAUCAAGUCUCGCACUAUCGACAACAUUAACUGA